AAAAACCCUUGUUGCUGUCAUAUUAUUUUCUUCCACUGGCCUCCCCAUUUAAAUCAUAGCCCCGUCGCCGCUUUCUUUCUUCUUCAGAGCCAAAAGCACCAUAUCUUAGGGCCCUGCGUCGGCUCCAAUGGGAAAGGGAACAGGGAGUUUUGGUAAGAGAAGGAACAAGACCCACACUCUAUGCGUAAGAUGUGGCCGCCGAAGCUUCCAUCUCCAGAAGAGCCGUUGCGCUGCCUGUGGUUUCCCUGCUGCCCGUAAGAGGAAAUAUAACUGGAGUGUGAAGGCAAUCAGAAGAAAGACCACUGGUACCGGCAGGAUGAGGUAUCUACGCCAUGUCCCUCGCAGGUUCAAGAGUGGUUUCAGAGAAGGUACUCAAGCAACACCUAGGAAGAAGGUUGCAGCAGCUUCUGCUUAAGAGGGGUUAAGAAGUUGUUUCAGAUUAAGCCAUCUUUGUAAGGAAAGGUUUUAUGGGAACAUUAAUCGAAGGGUGUCAAUUACAUUGGAUGCUGUAGUUGCGUUAGUCUCUAUUUUUAUGUAGUUGCUUUAAAUUUUGAACAAGGAUGGAUGAGGCUAUUGUUGUUUGACCCUGAAUUAAUUGAUACUUUUUUUUUUUUUUAAGUUAAUGAUGUUUUGUUUUGGUUAUGAUGCCCGUAUAAUCUUGUUCAUGAUGGUAGAAACAUUUUAGACAUGGUAUUUCUCAAAUUAUUAUCUA